UCCAUGGCGGCGGAAAACCCCCGGUGAAUGGACCGGCGGCCGCCUCUCCCCCCUUCCGCCGCCGUCUCUGUUGCCGUCGCCGACGUCCUCCACCCAAACCCCAACCCCUUCUACCCGCCGCAGCCGCCACCCGCCUUCCGCCGCCUCUCCAUCCACCACCCCUCCCUCCGCCCCCUCCCCUCCCUCCGCUCCCUCCCCACGCUCCUCCAAGCCCACGCCCACCUCCUCGUCUCCGGCCUCCUCCGCCAUCCCCUCGCCGCCGGCCUCCUCCUCCGCGCCUCCGCCGCCGCCACCCCUCUUCCCCACACCCUCCUCCUCUUCCGCCACCUCCCCACCCCGACCCCUUCUGCGCCAACACCAUCAUCCGAGCCCUCUCCCUCUCCCCCGACCCCCUCCUCGCGCUUCCAUUCUUCUUCGCCAACCUCCGCUCCGGCUUCGCCCCCAACUCCUUCUCCUUCCCUCCUCUCCUCGCCGCCUGCGCCCGCGCCACCUCCCUCCACGCUGGGGAGAAGUGCUACGCCCAGGCCCUCAAGCGUGGCGUCGACGCGGUCCUUCACGUCCGCAAUUCCCUCAUCCACGUGUACUGCUGCUGCGGUCUUUUGGAAUGCGCCCGCGUCCUGUUCGACGAGAUGCCCCACCGAGAUGUGAUCUCAUGGAACUCCAUGAUCGGUGGCUAUGCGGAAGCUGGUGGCCAUGACGCUGCU